CCCAAACAGCAAAAUCUGUUUGCAGCAUAAGAUGACCCAACGCGAGGCCGUCAAGACAGCAAGAAGCAGCGGGCGUGAGUCAGGCAGACAGUAGAAAGAUCCGGCGAGCUGCAGUAGAAGGGCAAGAUGUCCACGAAGCGCGUGACGCUCGUGGUCGGAAACAGCACAAGGUGAGCCCAACGCCACAAGCCGUACACAAGGCUCAACGAAAUCACGCGAUGAAUCUUGCUGUCUGGCGUGCUGUGCUGUGGUUGUGGUUGUGCCCCCUUCCAGUGUUGACUUCUAUCGGCAUCUGCACACGCUGCACCAUGCCACGUGGACACUCAUACCCGCUGAAAGGAUUGGUAAGCCAGGCUGGGCGAACUGCACACACUGCUGGGUGGGUGCAUCUGCCAUGUGUUGUGUUGUGUUGUGUUGCCUUGCCUUGUGGUCAGCGGCAAAGCAUUCGAUGACCUGCAGCGCUGAGGGGACCGCACCCCUCUCUGCGCUGUCGGGAAAGGUAACUAGAGAGAUAUCAGCACAACCAGUGGCAGCCAGCACGAAUGAGAUAGAUGGAUUCCUAUUGUUUAUUAUGUGGUGUGUUGAUCGUACUGGCUGCAGCUUCAGUACUCGUGUGUGCUUCACGGCAUUGAGUAUGUGGUGGGGGUGUCCUUCGGCGUCCCCGUACUCGGAGAUCGAAAGUCAGUCAGUCAAGCCAUCGAUAGGACACACAUCGAUAUAUUCCUUGUGGACCUUCCUGCGCCUUGGUGUGUGUGUGUGUGUGUUAUAGGGAGAAGGCCUUUCUGGCGUCAUCGCCGAACGUCAAGGAGGCCGGCCUGCCGCCCGCCGCGGUGCUCUUCAUACUCAGUGCAUACGCUGACAAGAGAGACCCCAGCAGGGUCAGUGAGGGGGGGCGGGCAGACGCCGGUGAAAUGGCUCUCUGCAUGGCUCUGCCUCUGUGCUGUCGUGCACGUUGUCAUGUGCAGCACCACAUCACGAUUGCCGAAACACGGGAGGGAUCUGAAUACAUAAAGAGUGAGCCAAGAAGCCAGUUGGUUGAUCCGUCCGAUGGAUACGCACAUUCAUCGUGCCGCGUGUGUUGCCAUCCAUCCAUCCAGAGCUGAGGGAUGAUAGCGUGACUAUGGCCCGCCAGCCCGCCUACCGCAUCAAUCGCCCCGGCCGGAAGGACGCCGUGGUGUCGCAUCCCUCCGACACGCAGAGGAGCAGCUUCGUCCCCAACAUCAAGAACCACAACUGGAAGAAGCAGCUGCGGCGGGCGCACAGAUCCAUCAUGAUUCGCAUCGUCAACCUCACCAGGUGGGGGGGUUGGUGUGCAGGCAGCUGAGCUGUAGACUGAUGGGCUGUGUGUUGGUUAUUAUAUAUUAUGUGCCUGCAGGAAUGUGAUGCGUUUGAUGUAUAAGGAUGGGUCUGACUUGGAUCGGAGGCCGCAAAUGUUCCUCGAGGACGGCGUGUGGGUCGAGGUGGGUCAGCCGCCGCCAGGCAGACAGACAGCAUUAUUUGACGCGCAAGCACAGAUCCUUGGUUGUGUGUGUGUUCAGUACCCCCGUGACGAGAUAUGUCCGAUGGGCUGCAGCGAAUUCGGUGGGUGGGCGGGCGAUGGAUGACAGGGAUUAAGAUUGCAGCCCGUCACUUGUGCGCUCUUUAUGGCUUGAUUGGUGUGAUGCAGGUGCGCGCAGUCGUGGCUUUAUGCAGGGGACGCAGGGCAAGGUCUACUACACCAUGCCCGGACACCCUGGGUAUGUCUGUCUGUCUGUAUGUCACACACACACACAUGAAGGCUCGAUCGUCACACCGCACUGACAGUAUGGAUGGAUGGAUGGCUGCCAGUUGGAUCAUAUUUUCCUGGGAGCAGCCGUACGUGGGUGUCUUCAAGAGCCAGGGGGGACACUCCACCAACAAAUUCAGCGUCCAGACACACACUGGUAAGCAAGCCAAGUCAGGUGGCACCCCGGCGCACCGCAGCCAAGCCACGAUGCGAUGCCAUGCACAGCACAGAGUGUGCGUGUGACCAUCCAUCGAUGCACCCCAUCGCCCUGCCUGCCUGCGUAUGUAUGUGUCAGAUCGGUUCAACGAGUGUACGCUGCUCUUCCACGUACUCGACCCAAUGAAACCGCCGCCCCUCCGGGUAAUCUAAUCACACACACAUAGACAGACCACAUCCACCCACCACCAGAUGAAUCGACCUCUUCGCCUCCCUCUCUCCCUCUCUCUCGCUGUGCUGUCUCAGAUCAUUUCUGCCAAGGCUGUUCACAGCCACAACGGCGAGCAGUACGACCGUCACCGCCGCGGUCCGCCCAAAGGGGACGACUGCACCACCCAUGUGAGCGCGGCCGUCAAGUGCAUCAAGGGCAGCACCAGGGCCUCCAUGGAGAGCAUGGCCAUGGGCACCGACACGGAUGACGGAAGCGGCGAGAUGGUCCUCGAACUCACAAACCCCAGAAGCUUCUUCGGUAGGCAAGGAGGAAGCAGAGCAGACACACGACAGCCAGACACGGAUCGCCGUUGUUUGUGCCUGCCUGUGUGUGUGUGUCAGCAUCGCUCAACACGGGCCGCAAGUGGUACAACCCCGCGAGCUGGCUCUUCAUCGAGUGGCAGAUAGGGUGCGAGCGGUUCUCAUCCAUCUGGCCCUCGGAGGACCGCGUCCGCAUCAAGCCGUCACUGGUGGGCGGGGGCGCCCUGGGCCGCCAGCAGGGGGAGGAGAACUGCGUCAUCCUCGACGCAGAGGUCGUCCCCAACUGGCAGUGGUACCCAGAGAGACUACUGCUGCUCAAUGGGCCGGGGGCGGCUGGGGGUGGGGGGCCGUCGACGGGCGGCAAGAAGGCCGGCGGCGAGAGGGGAGGCGGUCGUGGGGCGAGUAGGAUGUUUAGCGGGAGUGCUGGGGGCCGGAGCGACCAUGAGGGCGCGUCUCAGGAGCAGCUGCUGGAGGCCGUUGUGUCGUGUCUGCAGCUGCUGAGCGAGGGGCUGCAGCCUGUCGUCACACAACACAUGAAGAACAAGUAUGUCGUGAGUGGAUGGAUGGAUGGAUGGGCCACGCACACACCUGGCUGGCAGAGAGGGAGGACAGAUGUGCUUCGUUGUGUUGCCUUUAUCAGGUUUGGUGACGGCUGGCUGGCCAAAUGCGGCCUGCCCAAGGGACAUGUGUGGAGGGACUCCGCAAGUGCGUGAGCUGAUUGACAGCAUCAACACACACGACACAGCACAGCAGACAGACGCACAAGCGGACGGAUCCAUCGUGGCGGUGUUUUUGAUGGUGCUGUGUGUCAGAUCCCAGCGGCCGUGUGGACGUGGAGGGACUGUUGAACAUAAUGGUGGGUAGUUCGUUCAACAGGAGAGGCAACCAAGAGCAGAGCAACCCCUCAUCCGUCAGUCACCUACUAAUCUGCCUGUCUGCCUGUCUGUCUGCCUGUCUGUCUGUCUGUCUGUGUGUGUGUGUCUGCACAUGACUCACUCAGCAUGCGUUUUGGUUUGACGUCUUUGAGAACAUCAUCAGGAACCCACAAGUCAUCCACCAGCUGCAGGUACGACACGCCACGCCACGCCCCAUCGACAGACGGCUCAAUUGAUGGAUGCGAUGAAUCCAUCGAUGGUUUUCCUUCCUGUCAGGGUGUGGCGAUAUACUGGGCUACACAGGAUCUCUCCAAGUUCGACGACUCGUACGGUAAGCCCGCAAGACAUGCACACACACACAUAUACAGCUCAAGUAAGUGCACUGGCCCAUCCGUCCGGGCCCUGCCUGGCUGCGUGCCGUGCCGUGCAGUGUUCCUGGCCCUGGAGACCGCGGCAGAGCUGCUCAGGGUACGCACGUUCGUUGGCCACGACACACCACAGUGUGGUGCGGUGCUAUGUAUGAUCGAUCUGAUCGCAUUCAUUGCAAAUGUGAUGUGUGUUGGCUGGUCUGGUCUGCUGCCCUCCUGUCCUGUGUUGCCUCCCUGCCUGCCUGCCACUUUGCUUCCCUCAGGGCCUCAACCAGUACACGCACGCGUCAUCCAUCGACACGCUGUGCCACUCCCUGUUCGAGGCAGGGCCACCUGACUCGUUCGACAACGCAUCCCCGUCCACACCCCACACCGCCACCGGCAACAACAUCCCGCCCUCAUCCCUCUCCUCCUCGCCCUCUUCAUCCACCGUCGGCAUCUCGGAGAUGGACGCCUGUAUCCCACAGGCGUCCUCCUCCUCGCCCCCCCACACACACUCCAGCCCCAAUGUGGUGCCAAGACACGUCAAACGCUCCCCCAGUGGGAGUGGGGACGGCCCGAUGCGGUCCGACGCGAGCGAGCCGGUGCUGCAUCAGAGCAGCGGGACUCAGAGGCGGAGGUGGCAAUCGACUGAGGUGGAUGAGCCGGCGUCGUCGGCAUCCGUCGGGGAGGAGGUGGAGAUAGCGAAUGUGGAGGGGGACAUUCCCGGCCAGGCCCAUGAAGUCGAUGGCAGGAGGUCACCGUACGCCUUCGCGACCUUCCCAUACGAACCAGGUUGGUGGGAGGGUCCUGGCUGGCAAGGCCCGCAUCGAUGUUCGAUCAUUUGUGUGUGGUUUCUGUCCUUCUCGUUGUGUGGUUCAUUCAGUGAUGCGACGAACGGUGCCGACGAGCCAUGAGGAGGGGGAUCAGACGAGGCCACCAGGGAGGUAGCCAGGAGAGCGAUGGGAUGGGAAAGGGGCAAGGGCGGCGGGGGGAGGGGCAGGGAAGUCGUUUUGUUUUGAUGGCGGGCGGUGUUUACUUGGAUGUAUGUUUUUUACUUGUGUGUUUUCUGGCCAGAGAAUCCAUCCCCUUUUUGCUCCGUCAGUGAGUGUGCGGUGGGCCCCGCUUCUUUGU